AUGCUCCUAGUUCCUGGCACCAAUGACGAUGUGCUUGCGAAAGCUGAUAUUCCGGCUUCCAUCAGACUUGCAUCUUCGAAACCACGAGUCUUGCUUGGGAUCUUCAGUCCAAGUUUUAGAAAUCGCUCUGAACGUAUGCGACGCCGUGUCAUUCGACAGACAUACCUUCAAUUUCAUGAACAAUUCAACACAACCAAUCGGAUAUGCUCCAUGGACGAGGCGGUCAAAAUGGAAGCACAGGCCCUUGAUGAUUGUCAGAUGAUCUAUACUUAUGUAUUUCAAGACGGCGAAAGCGAGUCGAAGGUUGAAAACUAUCAGGAAUCUCGUUUGGGAAGCACAGUCAAGAAAUCUAAAGAACCAGAUUCCAUUUUGCUCAAGGCAGACAACCAGCUCGAUACCACACAAGCAAUGCAUAGAUGGAUGGGGUGGUCUUCCGAACUGAUAUCAAAUGGAUCACUUGGGAAGAUAGACUAUGUAGCCAUGUUGAACACUGAAGUAUUUUUGUUGCCUGGCAUCUUUUGGAAUGAGAACCCGCUGUUUCCAAGUUCUCAAGCUUCCACCGUGGCAGUUUUGCCGGCAAGUGGCAAUGAAACGUGUUCCGAGCCAAAGUGUAUAGACAAGAGGUUCAUCUGCAUCUCGAGCAACUUGCUGAGUGAAUUCAGCGGGACGACAAGCAUAAAGGUAUCGGAGCUGUGGUCUAAGAUUCGACAAGGCAAGCUUGGAGAAAGCUAUGUUUCGUUGGUUUACAUCAAGGGGGUGGCUCCAGUAUCAGAUGAAUCCGAGGUGGCGCUAUACGAUUGGGAUCAAUAUAUUUAUUCGUUUACUGAAUUUUCCGACGAGCAAGAGGCUGCUAUUGUUCGAUCCAGUUCCGCCAAUGUCACCACCUUUCGUGGACUACCAAGGAUCUUGGUGGGUAUAUUCAGCACGAGCAAGAAGAAGAUUGAACGGGAACGGCGUCAAAUUGUUCGAGAAACCUUCUUGACAUCCUUUCGUAACAGCAAAACACCAUAUCGGAUAUGUGAACUCGGUGAAAUACUGAAAGGAAUGGUGCCAGAAGAGGAAUGCCAACUGGCCUAUACGUUUGUGAUUGGGGGCAGUAGCACUGGCCCGACGGAAUUGGUGGAGACCAAUGACAUCAAGUCCAUGAUUCUGGAAAACAAUGACAUUCAUCAUAACGAAUCGGAUGUGACUGUUCUAAAUAUUAAGGAAAACAUGAACGAUGGCAAGUCCGAAACGUGGCUUCGAUAUGCGCUGCUGGUGACCCAGACGCAUUACUUUGAUUAUGUUGCCAAGAUGGAUACUGAUACCGUCGCCUUUCCGAUUCCGUUUCUUGAGAAGAUGGUCAAGUGGCCACGAUUCCCAAACAAUGUCAGGGUAUAUGGAGGAGAAUACAACAUCAAGAGAGACGGUAUACAUAGUGACUCCUACACCAAAAAGAUCGUUGGUGCUGCAUACAUGAAUGGUUUUCUGUAUUGGCUUUCGCCUGAUCUCAUUCGCUUCAUUACUGAUCCAGCUCAGUGCGAUCGGAAAAUGCUUCGUACGAAAGCAGAAGACAUGACAAUUGGAAACUACGUUAACUCCCAUCCACUUCCGAUACAUCGGGAGCGUCUCAGCAGAAAGUGCUAUGCCCACCCACUAAAGGAGAUUUGGGCAUUCAAAAAGCACUGGAAGAAAUACUUGAGAAAAUACGGGUCUCCAAAAUAA